ACUUAUUAGACUUCAGUUUUGUCUUCCUCUUUUGUUUCGAAUGAUUUAGAGGAACUCUUUUCUUCUUUUCUGUUUGAAGGUCAUUUUGUAUGAGCGAUUUGAGUAAGUUAGACAAUGAAACGGAUCGAUUGCUGCAAGCAUCACGAAUUCGGCUGAUAAUGCGCGAAAUGUCGCCAUGCAUUGCGAAAAGGGCUAUAGAAUAUCGCAAUGAUCCCUCAAACUCCAAGUCGCUUCUGGAUGUUUUAGAACCGAUCUGCCGAUGUUUCGAAAGCAUUGCAUUAGAAGCGGUUUCUCUAGCAGAUAACGGCAAUGUAUAUUUACUCAAAGAUCCUAUCCAUGGUCGAAGUGUAUAUGAAGUAUCCGGAACACAUUCCCAAUGUACCUAUACUUGCCUUCCACUGAUCAAUUACUGCCAAUGUUCACAAUUCCUCCAGGGAGUUAUCAAACGACAGCGAUCAUUUACGGUAAGUUCUAUGUUGAAUUACCUCUAAGGUUACC